AAGUGCGAGCGGAGCCGCUUCCGCUUCCGGUGGAUGGGAGUGCAGUGGAACGUAAACACUGACUGUAGGGAGCUGUCGCCAGAAUGGCUUCCUUUGGAUGGAAGAGGAAAAUUGGUGAAAAGGUCUCAAAAGUCACAUCCCAGCAGUUUGAAGCUGAAGCUGCUGAUGAGAGGGGCUUAGUGGAGAAUGAUGACGUUAACUGGCUUCAUGCAAUUAAACGAAAGAAAGCAAUUCUCCUAGAAGACUGUGCAGAGAAGAGUAAACAGCUAAAGGAUGAAGGUGCAAUUUUGGCAGAAAAUAGGAGGUACUGGGAGGCAAUUCACAAAUGGGAUGAAGCACUUCAGUUAACUCCAGAUGAUGCUACACUGUAUGAGAUGAAAUCACAGGUUCUGAUGUCUCUUCAUGAAAUGUUCCCUGCAGUUCAUGCAGCAGAAAUGGCUGUUCAGAGAAAUCCACAUUCGUGGGAAGCAUGGCAGACUCUGGGACGUGCCCAGCUUGGUUUAGGGGAGAUUGUCUUGGCAAUUAGAAGUUUCCAAGUGGCCUUGCACAUCUAUCCAAUGAAUCCUGAAAUAUGGAAAGAAGACCUUUCCUGGGCAAGAACAUUGCAAAAGCAGCAGAAGGAAGCACAGAGGCUUAAAAGAACUGAAACACCGGCUGAAGAAACACGUUUUUCACCAAAAUCGAUUCCAGACUAUGACUUUGAAAGUGAUGAGAUUGUUGCUGUUUGUGCAGCUAUUGCAGAAAAACAGAAGACGGUUUCAGCAAAUAAAACCAUGGUGAUUGUGUCAGCGUCUGGGACUGUAGAGACCAUAACUGAGAAGGAAGAAGGUGCCACCAUUCCGGACGGUUCUGUUUUUAUCAAAGCUCGAUAAAACAAUGCAUGAAGCUUGAAUCCAGCUUGUUGAGCAUCACUUAAAAGUUUUAGCAGCAGAGAAAUCCGUCCGUAAGAAGCAGGGUGAAACCUAUAAUUUUGAGAUGAGAAAUUUGAAAACUUAAUGGUAGAAUCAUUGCAUAAUGUCUGGUCAGCAUUUUGAUGACUUGUGACUUAGAAUUGCAACUUCAAGAAAUGUUGAGUAAAAUGUUGAUUGAUUAACACAUUUUGUUUAGUUUUUGCAUGUAAAAGCACUCAUUUUAUUUGUGUAUAACUUGAAAAGUGAAAGCUUGUUAAAAAUACUGCAGGUUCCUUUUGUCAUUUGUGGAUUGAUGUGAAGACCAUUGUUGUGAAUUGACUGUUCAAAUUGAUAUUUAUUUUUUGAAAUUGGAAAAAGUGACAGGCUUCCCCUCCCUCUUCAAAAUAUAUUGUUAUUUAGGUGAAAAGAAGAUUGAAUCCAAGAGGAACAUAAAAAUAUUUAGGCAUUGUAAUGAAAAAAGAAAGUUAAUAUUCAAAGUAUCAUCAGGAAUAUAGAACCUUGGAAACUUCAGCAAAAAAGUAUGCAUGUCUACAUGUUCUGAGCAAUUUUUGAUACUUCUCUUAACUCAGAUCUGUACUUUUGGUUUUUUAAACCAAAUUAAGAUUUUUGUAAAUUGUAAAACCAUAUUAGAAACGGAAAAAAUUAUUGAUCUAUAAUGAAGUUUCCUCUUCCUUCAGCAUUUGUCAGAUAUGUCAGUUGAUGAUUGAAAAGCAUUAUUCUGACAUUAGAAUGUUUAUGUUGUAAGAAAAAAAGGAGUAAGUAAUCUCUGCCACACAUGAAUCAUUUUAAAAAUGUGGACUUUUAAAUUUAUUAUAAAUGUUUUUUACAGCUAGAGCACAGCAAUAUGCACAUCCUUUUCCAGUUUAAAUUCUAUAUUUUCCUUAAUUUUAAAGCUUAAGUUACCUUUAUGGUUAUUUUAAUAUGUGAUAUUUAAGAUGGUAGAUUUUUAUUUUCAGCCUAUGGAACUUGAUAGGAGCUCAGUUGGGUAAGAACAUGGCUCACCAUUAAACAAUAGGUAAAUUCUGUCCCUAAAAAAUGAGGAUGAAGUUACUAGUUCUUAAGUCACUAACUCAUUGUCAUGUCUUUAACUUAGAAUCCAAAAGUUCAUUCUUUAUAUUGCCAACCAUCAGGAAUUACUGAAGUUAUCUUUAAAUGAAAACUAUCAAAUGCAUACAAAAAUAAACAUCUUUGUUAAUGCAAGUUGAUUUUAUAAUCCACCUAUGUAAUAAACUGUUAAGUAGAAGCUUAACUUAUUCUGAAUCUCAGAAAGAUUUUUUUUUGAUGUUAAGAUCAAUUAUCUUUGACAGGAAUCAGAGUAAUCUGCUUCAUUAUGUGGAUUCUUUUUUCCUCUUCUACAUUGGAGGCAGGUCAUUUGAUAGCUUUUUGACAGGAUCUUUGGGUGCAUUACUCAGAGAUGGAGAAUCAGCACAUUAAUUCUGCUGUAGAAAGUAUUGUACUAUGUAUAUGAUCUAUCAGGGAGGUGGUUCCGGUUAGAAUGGUAAGUUUUAAUAUAGCCUAAAAACAAAAUACUUAUUGUUUUAAAUAAUUACUAAUUACAAAUUGAUUGGGUAAGUAUAGAUGUGAACAGUCUUGUAAUUUCACUUACUGUUUGUGUAAUGGAUGUAUAUGCUUUCUUGUUUAUUGUAAAAUUCAUGUAUAAAUAAAGUUGUGGGGUUUUCUGCA